AUCAGUAGUUACAGGAGCAGCAAGAAUCUUUGAAAUGGUGAAACCGAUUCAAAUCUCCCAAAAAAGAGAUACGAGAUACACUUGACUUGUCAUCAUCUCCCAAUAGAGGAGGACGAUGAUCGGAGCUCCGGCUAUCAACCGGCGACAUCAAGCUCCACCGACGCAAACUCUUUUUCUAGGUACACUUCUCUUCUUCUCCAAAGCUUCGAACAUCAUGGAAGGGAAGGGAACUUGCAGAGACUUACUUGAAUUGGAACACAAGAAUCCGUCUUCUUCUUCCUCCUCUGCUAUUGAUUCAGCACUUUUGAUCCGUAAGGAGAAGAAGAGGGAGGCUCCUCCAUCGAAGCCAACGACAGCUCCAGUUCCCAAAAGCGAGUUUCUCGACAAAGUUAAAGGCUUUCUGGGGAUCAUGGCGGAAGCUAACAAAAAGCUGGAGCAAGAAACAGAGGAAGGAAACUCUGAGGCUUUUGAUAUCGAAGCACUUACGGGGAACGAAUCUCAAGUUAUCGAGAUGGAUUUGAUGCUCGGUGUUGCUGAUCUCAACACGCCUGAAGCAGUCAGUGCGGCUGAAGCAGCUAUUGCCGGUAAUGGUGUGGCUAAUGGAAGUAGAGGAGAUUCAAGCAGCGAUGAGAGUGAUGGUGACCACGACGAAGAUGAUAAGAUGAGCUCUUUGGGUGAAGAAAGUAGCAGAAAAGGAACCAAGAUAAUGGAGCUCUCUUAAGAUAAUAUUUUCGCUUUUCAAGUUUUAUACUUUAUAUGUUACACUUGCUUGUAACUUGUCUGUCAAUGGAGGCUUUUCCCCCAUCGAUGGACCAACGCAUUUGAGAGUAAUGGCUGCACAUGUAGUAACCAUAGCUUCUAUAGAAUCAAUUAACCAUAGAUAAGACACGUUUUAUAUAGACAUACAGAUAA